AUGUUGACCGGCGAGGUCGCGCACCCCGCGGACGACGCGCCGACGACGGCGCCGCCGCCGCCGAACGCGGAAGACGCGUCCCCGCCCCAGCCCGCGACGGCGAAGACGGAGUCGACGCCGCCGUCGGACCUCGGGAGCGGCGCGCGCCGCCGCGCGCGACGCGCGUGCACGUCCAUCUACGCCUCCCAGCCCACGCACGAGACCGACCCGUCCGGGCGACCGGUCCGCGGCGCGGAGCUCGCGUCCAGGGAAGCGGACAUCGAGCGCCUGAAGCGCCCGCCGGACCUCUUCACGAAGCCGCCGCCGCCGCCGAAGCGCGCGGCGAAGGGCGAGGCGAAGUUCGCGAAGACCGCGAAGACCGCGAAGACCGCCGCCGGCGGCGGCGCGGAGGGAGCCAAGCGCAAGCGCGCGUCGCUCCUGGGCCCGGAGACGCCGCGCCUCGCCGCGCCCCCGCCGCCGGUCGCGUACGACGUCAAAGUCAACGGCCAGACGAUCCACUACGUCGACAACGGCGCGUACGGGCCGUCGCAGACCGCGCCCGCGGUCGUCCUCGUGCACGGCUUCCUCAUGGACCACACGAUGUUCGACCCGCAGAUCGCCGCGCUCGCGGAGGCGGGGUUUCGCGUCAUCGCGCUCGACACGCGGUGCUUCGGUCUGACGCCGUACGACGGCGAGACGUUUACCUUCUGGUACGCGUUCACGCGUUAUACCUUCUCAUCACGAAGUUUUCUCACGUUUGGAAUUGUUUUCAGGGACGUCGCGCGCGACGUGCUCGCGUUGAUGAAACGUCUGCGCGUGCGGUCCGCGACGCUCGUCGGCUUUUCCCAAGGCGGGUUCGUCGCGUUGCGCGCGGCGCUGCUCGAUCAAAAGCGCGUGCGAGCGAUCGUGUUGAUCGGCUCCGCGUCCGACCUGGACGACCCGGGGACGAAGUACAGGGAGAUACCAUUCCUGAUCAACUCGUGGUACAAUAACGGUCCGGUCUCGUCCAUCACCGACGCGCUCGCGAGGAUCAUCAUCGGCGACGUGUACGCGGCGGUUCCGUGGGUGCACAAGUGGCAGACGCACAACAGAGAUACGCUGCUAGCCGCGUCCGCGUGCUUGCAAUCGCGCGAGGACAUCACGGCCCGGAUGCAGGAGAUCACGUGCCCUGUGAUGGCGGUGCACGGCGACGCGGACGUCGCGAUCGACGCGAGUCGCGCGAAGAAAACGACGGCGGCGAUUCGCGGCGGGGAGCCCGUGUGCGUCGUCAAGGGCGCGGGCCACGCGUGCUCGCUGACGCACCCGAACGUCGUGAACCCCGCGCUGAUCGACUUUUUACGACGCGCGACGUGGGACCACGACGAGGACGACGACCGGGAGGUGUGGGACGAGGAGCGGUGGAAAGCCGCCGUGGAGGGCGCCCGCGGCGGAAACGGCGGCGAGGGCGAGGGCGAGGGCGAGACGACCGCGACGAUCCCCCCCGGGGACGUGGGCCCCAUCGUGAACCCUCUCCGCGCGAUCGGCCGCGUCGUCGCGCUGAAGAGCGGCGCCGCGUCUGGAAAAGAGCCGCAUCACAUCGUGCGUCGAUGGGACGCGGCGACGGGGUGUCACUACGUGUCCCCGCUCGCGGAGGUCCUCGGCGGCGCCGCGUCCGCGUCCGCGUCCGCGUCCGCGUCCGCAGCGGACGCCGGCGCGGACGUCGGCGCCGGCGCCGCCGACGCCGGCGAAGCCGCGACCAGGGACAGCGCGCGCGCGCGCGCGACCGCCGCGGGCCCGCCGAAGAUCCCGAAAGAGUGGAUCCUCGUCGACCUCACCCGACCGGGCCCCGAGACGUUCGCGUUCAGAGACGGCGACGCGGUGCCCCGGGCGUGGCAGGAGGACGUGCAGGUGGCGCUUACGGCGGACGGCUCGUACGCGCCCGCGGACCACGUCCAGAUCAGAGCGCAGCGGACGAAAGAGACGUUCGACCUGUUCGUGACCGCGCCGGACAUGACCCCGGACGAGGUCAAGGUCCGCCUGGAGUCCAUAAAGGAUUGCGGGUACCCGCGUCGCGCGCCCGUCACGAAGGUGCACGUGUCCGGCGAUCCGAAACACCCGGGGCGAAUCGACUCCGGGUUCCCGCUCGUGCCGUUUCGGAAGCGCGUGACGAUACCCGGGAUUUACGCGGACCCGAACAGAACGACGGCGCUGAUGACGCGGAAAGGGCAGUUGUACGUGAAGUGCCCGGUCGAGCGCGUGGAGCGCGAAGUCGCGCCCGCGAUGGAGGAGGUGGACGUCCCCGCGAGAGAGGCGGCGGCGGCGGCGGCGGCGGCGGCGGCGGCGGCGGCGGCGGCGGUGGCGGCGGCGGCGGCGGCGGCGGACGCGAGGACGGAGGAGACGGAGACGGACGAAGGCGCGGUCGCCGCGAUGGUCGCCGCCGCGGUGAGGAGGGUGAUCUCGGCGGCCGGGGAGUGA